GCAAGAGGCACACGAAAAUUAGAAAGAGAGAAACAAACAUUGUCAGAAGUUAAUCUGUAAUAUCACCAUUGAAGCAAUGACAGAAAUAGUAGAAGAAACACUGUGUGAGCUGAGGCAAACCUUCAAGAGUGGUAAAACCAAAAGUGUUGCAUGGAGGAAAACCCAACUCAAUGCUCUUCGUCAGCUCGUCAAAGAUAAUGAGGAAAAGGUCUUUGAAGCACUCUAUCAAGAUCUUGGCAAGCACCCGAUUGAAUCUUACAGGGAUGAGGUUGGAGUUGUGGUGAAAACAAUCAAUCAUACUUUGAGCAAUUUAGACAAAUGGGUGGCACCUACAAAGGGUAAAUUACCGUUGCUUUUUUUUCCGACAAGGGGAGAGGUGCUGCCGGAACCACUCGGCGUAGUUCUCAUCUUUGCAUCUUGGAACUUCCCAAUAUCUUUGGCUUUGGAUCCUGUAAUAGGAGCAAUAGCUGCAGGGAAUGCAGUGGUUCUAAAACCUUCAGACCAAGCACCGGCAUGCUCUUCUUUAAUUGCUAAAACCAUACCUCAAUACAUGGACCCUAAAGCCGUAAGAAUCAUCGAGGGUGGACCACAAAUUUGUGAAAAACUCCUGCAGCAUAAGUGGGAUAAGAUAUUCUUUACUGGAAGUCCGCAGGUAGGGCGCGUUGUCAUGACUGCAGCUGCCAAGCAUUUAACACCUGUUACACUAGAGCUGGGUGGAAAAUGCCCUGUCAUCCUUGAUUCACUCUCCAAUCCUUCGGAUUUAAAGGUGGCGAUCAAAAGAAUUGUAAGUGGAAAGUGGGGACCUUGCAGUGGGCAGGCAUGUAUAGGAAUAGAUUAUAUGCUCGUUGAGGAAAAGCUUGCUCCUACUGUGAUCGAAUUGUUAAAGAAAACGAUGAAGAGCUUUUAUACUGAAAGCCCAAAAGAUGCAAAUUGCAUGGCCAGAAUUGUAAAUAAGCACCACUUUCAGAGAGUGCAGAAUCUCCUCAAAGACCCUCUUGUUGAAGCUUCCAUUGUACAUGGUGGUUCACUGGAUGAAGAAAACCUGUUCAUUGAGCCAAUAAUCUUGUUAGAUCCACCACUUGAUGCUGCAAUCAUGAAUGAAGAAAUCUUUGGCCCACUACUUCCAGUAAUCACUUUGAAGAACAUUCAAGAAAGCAUUGAAUUCAUAAAUGAAAGGCCAAAACCUCUAACCAUUUACGCCUUCACCAAAGAUGAAAACUUUAAGAAGAAAAUUUUAUCAGAAACAUCCUCAGGGAGCGUGACUUUCAAUGACGUCUUGAUUCAAUUUCUCUGUGAUGAUCUACCCUUUGGUGGUGUUGGUUCCAGUGGAUUUGGGAGGUACCAUGGGAAGUUUUCUUUUGAUACUUUCAGCCAUGAGAAAGCAGUUCUGCGAGCAGGCUUCUUCCCUGAACUUGAGGCUAGAUAUCCUCCUUGGAAUAACUUCAAAAUGACAUUUAUCAAACUUGCCUAUGACCUUGACUACUUUGGACUAUUUCUGCUCCUUGUUGGACUUAAAAGGUAUUAGUAUUUGGAUUUGUAGUUUAAGUAAACCAAGAACGUACAACCUGUGCUGUACGUAUUGGUUGUGUGUUGGUAUUUAUAUAUGAACACGACAUAUGUAACCUAUUCAUGAGCUAUGAAUCUUAUACUCUUUGAAU